AUGGUUCUAUUUAUUGUAGCUGGUGCAACACGAUCUAUGCAUACAGGUAAAAAUUUAGGCGCUCAAUUACGUCGGCAUGUUUGCCAUCAUGCACGAAAUAUAAAAAGUUUUCAAUAUGCAUUUAUACAAACAUGUAAUCCAGCAACAUGUCACAUCUAUAUUAAAAAAAUGAAUGAAAAAGAAACGAGAAUUGUUGAUCCCGCCACUUGGAUAUGGAAAAAGAAAAAUAAUGGUUUAUCUUGUCCAUUUAAAGAUUAUAAUGAUGAACCAGUUGUCAAUAUUCUUGUCGAUUUGACUGAAAAAAUAGCAUAG